AUGGCCCGUACCAAACAAACUGCUCGUAAAUCUACUGGAGGCAAAGCACCUCGUAAGCAGCUGGCUACAAAAGCAGCACGUAAAUCCGCUCCAUCAACUGGAGGUGUUAAGAAGCCUCAUCGCUACCGCCCAGGUACUGUUGCGCUUCGUGAAAUUCGUCGCUACCAAAAAUCUACCGAGCUGCUGAUCCGAAAACUUCCAUUUCAACGUUUAGUGCGUGAAAUCGCUCAAGACUUUAAAACCGAUCUGCGUUUCCAAUCGGCUGCUAUCGGCGCACUGCAGGAGGCCAGUGAAGCUUAUCUGGUUGGUCUUUUUGAAGAUACCAAUCUGUGCGCAAUUCAUGCCAAGCGCGUUACAAUCAUGCCAAAAGACAUUCAGCUGGCUCGUCGUAUUCGUGGUGAACGCGCCUAA